AUGGCAACUGAGCGUGUCAAGGCCUCCGUCCUCCACGGUGAGAAGGAUCUCCGUCUGGAAGAACGUGAACUUCCCGCACCCUCAAGCAACGAAGUCCAAGUCGCUGUCAAGUCAACUGGCCUCUGCGGCUCCGAUCUUCACUACUACAACCACUUCCGCAACGGCGACAUCAUCGUUCGCGAACCUCUCACUCUCGGCCAUGAGUCCGCAGGCACAGUCGUAGCCGUCGGUUCAGAAGUUACACAUCUCAAGCCCGGCGACCAUGUCGCGCUCGAGGUCGGUCUUCCUUGUGAGGCCUGUGAGCUCUGUGGUGAGGGUCGUUACAACAUUUGCCGUGGAAUGAAGUUCCGCAGCUCAGCAAAGGCCAAUCCUCAUGCGCAGGGAACUCUACAAGAGAGAAUUAACCACCCUGCUAAGUGGUGCCACAAGAUGCCUGAACAUGUUACUCUCGAUCUCGGCGCUCUUGUUGAGCCUCUCUCAGUCGCAAUGCACGCCCGUGAUCGUGCCGCUCUCCCCAAGGGCUCAACAGUGCUCGUCCUCGGCGCUGGUGCCGUCGGUCUCCUCGCAGCCGCUGUCGCAAAGGCCGAUCAAGCCAAGACCGUUAUCAUUGCCGACAUCCUCAAGGACCGCCUUGACUUUGCUAUUAACAAUGGCUUCGCCGAUGCUUCAGUAGUCGUCCCCAUGGAGCGCCCACAAACUAUCGAGGACAAGCUCGCCCUUGCUCAAAAGGUCGCUGCCAUGGUGAAGGAGACACAAGUCAAUGGAGAGGCUGUCGGUGAGGUUACAGCUGUGUACGAGUGCACUGGUGUCGAGACCUGUGUGCAAACAGCCAUCUACGCUACCAAGCCUGGAGGCAAGGUCAUGAUCAUUGGAAUGGGAACUCCCGUCCUCACCAUCCCCAUGUCGGCUGCUGCUCUUCGCGAAGUUGACAUCGUGGGUGUCUUCCGCUACGCCAACACAUACAAGGAGAUCAUUGAGCUAUUGGCCAACCCUCCUGCCAACAUGCCUGACGUGAGCCGUCUGGUCACGCAAAGAUACAACGGCAUGGAGAACAUUGAGGAGGCUUUCAAGAUGGCUGGCAAGGUGAGGGACGAGCAAGGCAAUCUUGUUAUCAAGGUUGUUGUGGACUUUAACGAAAAAUGA